GUGUCAGCAUUACAAAUGUACGAGGACUCACAUCAAGAGGAUAUUGGACGAGUCAACGCCAAGAACAUCAGAGCUGACGUGGACAUCUCUGCGGUGAAGUCUGUGAACUCAGCAGUGGAGAUGAGAGAGUGGAUGGAUCCCGAGAUGGGAAUGAUGACCGGAGGCUACCUCUCUGGAGCGGAUGUUUACGGCAUUGCAGAACCGCAGUACUACGAUGUACUGAUGGACCCGUUGGGGUAUUCGUACCAGGAUCUCGAUCUACAGGCUUUUCCCUACAGCCAGCAGCACUACAAUCAAGCAAACGGGCAGGUCUCUGCAUACGGACCCCCCAGCUCUCAACCGUGUAACCCAGUGUAUUGCCCGCAGUGUCCCGAGCCUCCAUGCCCAGCAGAUGUGGAGCUGCACGGGCAGGCGAGAACCAGCAUGGGCAUGACACAGGGCAUGAAGAGACCCCGACUGGGGCCUGGAGCUAGGGUCAAGGGUCAGGAUGAACUGUGCGUGGUGUGUGGGGACAAAGCUUCAGGAUACCACUACAACGCUUUGACCUGUGAAGGCUGCAAAGGCUUCUUUAGGCGCAGCGUCACCAAGAAGGCUGUGUAUCGUUGCAAGAGUGGCGGCAGCUGCGAGAUGGACAUGUACAUGCGGCGCAAGUGCCAAGACUGCCGACUGCGCAAGUGUCGAGCCGUCGGGAUGUUAGCCGAGUGUCUGCUCACCGAGGUGCAAUGCCAGUCAAAGAGGUUACGAAAGGGGGCCAAGCACCGAUCAGACUCCCUUUCAGUUCUCACUGGUGACGAGGAGGAAAGCAAUGAAAGCAGAAAUGUAUCCUCUACCAGCAGAAUACCUGCACCAGCACGGGUUCCAUCAGGAUUGUCCAGAGAGCAAAAAUGUGUCCUGAACAGAAUUGUGGAAGCUUAUCGUCGAUACAAAGCUCAAGAUGGCGCUAGCUUCCGGGUGUCCCAGUGGUCUGGUUUACAAGAUGGUGCUGACCAUUUGACUGACUUGACCCCUCUAGAAAUAGAAAGACUUCUUCAGUUCUCAAAGACCAUACCUGGGUUUGAGCUCUUGGACAAUGCUGACCAGACCCUUCUCCUCUCCAGCUCGUCUGUGGAGGUCAUGUUUCUGCUCUUGGCUCAACAGUUCGCUGAGAAUCCGGCCCUGUUUGUCUCGUCUCUGUAUCCUGGCAGUGCAAGUGACUCCAGUCACAGCUGGGUGAAAACCUCACAGUCCAAGGCCAGCGGUCAUGAGAUGCUAAUAAACUCAGGGAUGAGUGAGGAACUCAUGGGGCCUGUGCUGAAUUUCUUCCACAGUAUGGCAGCUAUCUCAGUGACGGACGCUGAAUACGCUCUUCUCGUUGCUACUUCAGUGCUGUGCUCAGACAGACCAUAUCUGCGUGCAGUGAACUGUGUGGAGAACCUGCAGGAAUUUGUUCUCGAGCUGCUCUCCAAGGUGUGCAGGAACGGCCAGGGGACAACUCACGGACCGUGCCGAUUCGCCAGGCUGCUCGGUCGGCUAACAGAACUGAGGACGCUACACCACAACCACCUCACACUCCGACCGCAGCAGAUCUGGGACAUGCAGCACUGAGACACACUGUUCAGGAAGACAGAGGACUACACGGUCAGUUCCGGUGUUUAGGAACAUUCUGAGCGAGCUCAGAAAACAUGGGAUUUGGCAUGGGAUGGGAACGUGGGGCUGGAUCAGCAUUCUUCUUCUUAGGAAAAAAAAGAAAAGUGGAUGUUUCAAAGAAACCGCAGCUUCGUUUUGAUAACACAGGAGUGUUUCAGUGUGUUAUACUCUUGUGCAAACUUUUGACUUUAUUUUUUACUAUAUUUUAAAGGCCUGGCUUAAAAUUUACAAAGGUUUCUAAAGCUGUUGUCUGGUCUGUUGCCAUUACACUCUGUUGUAAUUUUCUUUGUUUGAGUUUUCCAAUUGCAUGUCUUCACCAAAUGAAAAUUUGUCCAUGUUUAUCCCAAUUUGUCGUUUUUUGUUCCAUUUUUAUGCUGACAUAUUACAUGGUCAAUGUUUGUUUAAAGAGCAGUUUUUUUUUUCAUUUUAGUGCCCUCUGUUGCCUGUGAAGUGAACCACGAUGAAAUCAUAAUGAAAAUACAAACAUAAAUCAGAAUCAGUAAAGCAUGCUUGGUUUUUGUCUGAUCGGACCAAAAGCAAAAAUGCAGCAAUUUUUGGGUAUUAUCUGUAUUGCAAUAGCAAGGGAUCAAAGAUCACUGAGACACUCCACUGUACGGAGACGUCAGGGAUAGACAGAAAUGCGACCCAUCAUACUGCUGCAUAAGCAUGACAUACUGGAAAGUGAGAACUUCCAAAAUGUAAGAAAAAAUAAAAUAAAAUUACUAACUCCUAUUUUACUGCUGUUAGCUGUUAGCAUUUUUUUCAGUAAUUCAUUUUUUUUAAUAGAAAUUCUGAAAAACUUUGUUUAACCUGUGUGUCCUUUCAUACUUUGACUUUACUGCCUUGAUGUUUGAG